UACUGCAUGUGGUUGCCACGCCCACUGCUGACAGAAUAUAAAGCCCUGGAGAGGACCAGGACUUACACCAGAGAAAAGGAAUCAGGCUUUGAAACUGAUCUUCAGGGCUCCAUUCCCUCCCAGCACCAUGCCGUACACCUGCUUCCUGCCCAAUCUGAGCUGCCGCACCAGCGUCUCUUCCCGGCCCUGUGUGCCCCCCAGCUGCCACAGCAGCACCCUGCCUGGGGCCUGCAACAUCCCUGCCAAUGUGGGCAGCUGUGGCUGGCUCUGCGAGGGCUCCUUCAAUGGCAACGAGAAGGAGACCAUGCAGUUUCUGAAUGACCGCCUGGCCAACUACCUGGAGAAGGUGCGCCAGCUGGAGCGGGACAACGCCGAGCUGGAGGGCCGCAUCCGUGAGCGGUGCCAGCAGCCGGAGCCCGAUGUGUGCCCGAACUACCAGUCCUACUUCCGGACCAUUGAGGAACUGCAGCAGAAGAUUCUGUGCAGCAAGGCUGAGAACGCCAGGCUGGUGGUGCAGAUUGACAACGCCAAGCUGGCUGCAGACGACUUCAGAACCAAGUAUGAGAAGGAGCUGUCCACACGGCAGCUGGUGGAGGCUGAUAUUAACAGCCUGCGCAGGAUCCUAGAUGAGCUGACCCUGUGCAAGGCUGACCUGGAGGCCCGAGUGGAGUCCCUGAAGGAGGAGCUGAUAUGCCUCAAGCAGAACCACGAGCAGGAAGUCAACUCCCUGAGAAGCCAACUUGGUGAGCGCCUCAACGUGGAGGUAGAUGCUGCCCCCACUGUGGACCUGAAUCGUGUGCUGAAUGAGACCAGGUCUCAAUAUGAGGCCCUGGUGGAGACCAACCGCAGGGAUGUGGAGGAAUGGUUCAUCACACAGACUGAGGAGCUGAACAAGCAGGUGGUGUCCAGCUCGGAGCAGCUACAGUCCUACCAGUCAGAGAUCAUCGAACUGAGACGCACGGUCAAUGCCCUGGAGGUCGAGCUGCAGGCCCAGCACAACCUGAGAGACUCUCUGGAAAACACGCUGACUGAGACCGAGGCCCGCUACAGCUCCCAGUUGUCCCAGGUACAGUACAUGAUCACCAACGUGGAGUCUCAGCUGGCGGAGAUCCGAUCUGACUUGGAGCGGCAGAACCAGGAGUACCAGGUGCUGCUGGAUGUCAGGGCCCGGCUGGAGUGUGAGAUCAACACAUACCGGGGCCUGCUGGAGAGCGAGGACUGCAAGCUGCCCUGCAACCCCUGUGCCACGACCAACUCCAGCAACAAGUCCGUUGGGCUCUGUGUCACAAAUUCCUGCUCACCUUGCGGCAUACGUUCCCGCUGUGGGCCCUGCAACACCUUUGGGUGCUAGAUGCCCCAGGGCCUAGGAGGAUUGUGUGAGGAUGGAAGAGCCAUCGAUGGACUAGCCCUGCUUCUCUGACAACCAUCAGCCACAGGGACCCUGCCCUAAGGCAUUUCCAUAAAUCUCAGUCCUGGAGGGAGGACAAGUGCCCAGGGCCAUGGCCUGGCUUUGAGCACAGUCCCACCUGAUCCUCUUCCUUCCAGGCCUCUGUCUGGUAGUUGUUCUGUGUGCUGAUGGUCUGACAAGUUGGAGCUAUGAAGGUGUCACAUGAGGUGUUUUGUGGUUCUCUCUGUUGUUUCGAUCCUCUUGUAGUUUCCCAAAUCCCUUUGUAAAUCUCCUAAUAAACUUUCCUCUUGCAAAGCAGCGACGACUCUCAUUUGUAUUCAUUCUU